AUGGCGGGACUCAGAUUGGAUGGCAAAAUCGCGAUUAUAACAGGCGGAGCCAGUGGGAUAGGAGCCGAAGCCGCUAGGCUGUUCACGGAACAAGGAGCUAAGGUGGUCAUCGUUGACUUACAAGAAGAGCUUGGUCAACAAGUCACCGUUUCAAUCGGGCAUGACAAAGCAAGUUUUUACCGCUGCGAUGUUACAAACGAGACGGAGGUGGAGAAAGCCGUUAAGUUUACCGUCGAAAAACACGGAAAGCUAGACGUUCUGUUUAGUAACGCCGGCGUAAUGGAACAGCCGGGGAGCUUCCUCGACUUGAACCUCAAACAGUUUGACCGAACAAUGGCGGUCAACGUUCGCGGUGCAGCUGCGUUUAUCAAACACGCGGCACGAGCCAUGGUGGAGAAAGGCACGCGUGGGUCAAUCGUUUGUACGACGAGCGUGGCGGCGGAGAUAGGCGGUCCGGGACCUCACGCUUACACGGCGUCCAAACACGCGCUUCUCGGGCUGGUUAGAUCAGCGUGCGGUGGGCUGGGGAAGUACGGGAUUAGAGUCAACGGCGUUGCACCGUACGUUGUGGCGACGGGGAUCAAUAGUCCUGACGAGGAAACGGCGAGGAUGGUGGAGGGAUACGGCGUGGCCACCGGGAUUCUCAAGGGUGUGGUGCUCAAGGCUCGCCACGUGGCUCAAACGGCUUUGUUUUUGGCUUCGGAUGAUUCUGCUUACGUUAGCGGCCAGAAUCUGGCGGUUGACGGUGGUCACACCGUCGUUAAGCCCGUGUGA